UAUUUCUUUUAAACAUUCAUCAAUCUUGUAAAAUCAUUCAUAUGACAAUUAAAAAGCAAUUUGAUCUGGCAUUUCUUGUCCUUAUGUUAUUGUUUUAAAAAGAUUCCUUAGAUCUACUUAUAAAAUAUAUUACAAUGAAUUUUAGGAGAUAAACUUACAAAGCCUGAUAUUAAACCUCGUUAAAAUUCUAUACUAUACACAAUGGCUGGAAAAUUAACACUUCAAACUCUGAAAAGAGUAGUAGCUGAGCGUGUCAAAGGGCCAGGCUUUGAAAGUCUAUUUGAUCAGUUGAGUGUUAUAUCUGGUGGUGAUGGCUUGUGUUGCUGUGAACUAAAAGUCAGUCCUAAAAUGUUAAAUGUAAGUGGUAGUUUACAUGGAGGUGUGACAGCUUCUUUAAUUGAUGCAGUCUCUACAUAUGCACUAAUGACAACAGGCACAGGCCGACCUGGUAGCAGUAUUGAUCUCAACAUAAGUUACAUGCGGCCUAUAAAGUUGGACGAUGUAAUUGUAAUUUCGGCUAAAACAUUGAACUGUGGGAAAAAGAUUGCUGUCAGCACAGUGGACAUUAGCAGCAAACAGACGGGCAAACUGGUGGCUCAGGGCAGACACACCAAAUUUGUGGGUGAUCCCAAAGUGGAUUGACAACUCAAUGUAAAAUACCAAUUCCACUUUUGCCACCUUUUGUCCUUGGAUGACACAAGGGUUUCCUGAUAGUGCCAGAUUAAAGUGGCAUAUGCCUUGAGCAGCUGAGAUUGUCAAGAUUUUAUAAGCUUAUUCCAGCUUGAAGUCUGUUAACCAUGACACAUAUGGUGCUAUGUUUUGAAUUAUUAUUAAUUUUAUUGGUAUGUUAGUUUAGCUAGAUAUGUUUGUAACAUUGUAAUGUAAGUUAUGAAGAUGUGGAGAGUUGUGCAUGCAUACGUUAGUACACUUAUAUGAGGUUUUUUGUCAAAAUAAAUUGGUUUUUUGAGUCAAUAUCAUUUUGUCUUUUUGUGUUUUGAAGCCUAAAAUGUUAGGCAUUAUUUGUGAAUAUUUUUACUGUUUAUUUUUCUGUAUCAAUUGUUAUAAAAAAGGUU